AAUCAGACCUAAAAGUCAUGAAUGUUGAGAAAGAGAAUAUGGAGCCAACCCAUUCCGAGGAAGAAGGUGAAGCCUCAAAUGGUGUUGCUCUGCCUUUGACGAUCGGGAAGAAGAGGAAGCUGGUGAUAUUGGAUAUUAAUGGCGUACUUGCCCUUAUGGUUAGGCACUCGAUCCCAGGUGGUGUCAGCUUUCCCGGCGGGUUGACGAUAGCAAAGCGACCCUUCUGUGAAGAUUUUUUGCAAUUCUGCUUCGAGAGGUUCGACGUGGCCAUUUGGACUUCUAGAGCCAAGGAAAAUUAUCUUGACGAAGUUGUUGAUUACUUAUUGGGAGAUAUGAAGAAAAAGUUGUUGUUUGUUUGGGAUAGGUCCUAUUGUACCCGAACAGGAUUUAUGACCCCUGAGAACAGGUAUAUACCCUUAGCCUGUAAGGAGUUGAAGAAGAUUUGGGGGAAUGAGUGUCCCAACCAACCUUUUGUGGGAGGUUACUACAAUGAAUCAAACACGCUGUUAGUGGAUGACUCUCCAUACAAGGCUGUGCUUAAUCCUGUA